AUGAGGAACACACAAGUCUAUGUAUCUGUGCCGCCGAAUGAAGCGAAUGCAAAAGCGCUGCGCUCACGGCGAAAAAAGGCGGAAGCGUUGGGCACCUGCUCUAACGAUCCAAUGGACGGUUUGCUGCCGGUUCGAUUGGACGUUGGCCGUGGCCGCACACUGACAGCAUGCCUCUACAACGGCGACGAGGAAGUUGCAGUUUACCGUGAAGACUUCGGCACGACCUGCCGCAGUUCCCUCUACCGCACCACAGUCUGCAUGGACGGCCACAUAUUGGCGCGGAUAGAGACACAGGCUAUGAGUGAAGCAGAGCGGAGGAAACACGAGCUCUACGCCUCCAGCCAUGACGCUCCUUUCGCAGUGCGGAGCAACAACUCCCCACAGAGAUGUGCAAUUAACUCCAACGAGGGUGUGAAGUUGAGCCGCCAGCCCAGCACCCAGAGUAGCGCCUUUUCGCAGGAAAGGGAGUUUUGUAGGGUGGCGUCGGAACGGCCAUUUCGGGGAAAAUCGAGCCACGUCAAAAUUGCGGCGGUCCCGCCGUUUACACCCGUGCGACCAGCGUCAGAACACGUCUCUCCGUCGCGGCGUUCGUGCAAUACAGCACGGUCGCAUCAUUAA